AUGUCAGCGUCGGUCGUCGGCGCGGACGGCCGCGUCGCGAAGAAGGCGAAGAGCGACGCCGCGCCGCCGCUCCCGCCGAACAUCCGCAGCGUCGAGUUCCUGCGCGAGGGCAUGGCCCACUCCAUGCGAUUUUUCAGCCCCGAGCGCUGCGUGGACCCCGCGGGCGGCUACUUCCACUUCUUCGCCGAGGACGGCGCGGUCUACGACGCGUCGACGCGCGUGCUCGUGACCCAGGCGCGCUUCGUCUUCACCUUCGCGGUCGCGUACGAGCACCUCGGCGAGCCCGAGUACCUCGCGGCCGUCGAGCACGGCGUCGAGUACCUCUGCGACGGCCCCCUGCGGAACCGGGAGAACGGCGCCUACCACUGGGUCGUCAAGGACGGCGCGCCGACGUCGUCGAAGAUCUUCACCUACGCGCUCGCGCAGACGCUUCUGGCCUACGCGGCCGCGGUCCGCGUCGGCGUCGCGUCCGCGCGGGCCUACCUCGACGAGACCUGGGACCUCCUCGAGACCCACAUGUGGGACGCGACGCACGAACUCUACGCCGAAGAGGCCGACGCGCGCUGGGUCGUCGACCCCUACCGGUCCGAGAGCGGCAACCUGCACACGUGCGAGGCGCUCAUCGCCGCCUACGAGGCGACGAAAGAAACGCGCUUCCUCGACCGCGCCGUGCUCGUCGCGGACCGCUGCUGCAACCGCCAGGCGGGGCUCACGUCGGGCCUCGUCUGGGAGCACUUCGACGAAGAUUGGAAGCCGAAUUUGGACUUCGCGAACGACUCGGAGGCGCUCACGAUCUUCCGGCCCUGGGGCUUCCAGCCGGGCCACCAGGUCGAGUGGGCCCGCUUCCUCUUGACCCUGCAGAAGUACGCGCCGAACAUCUGGUUCGUGCCCAAGGCCCGCUACCUCUUCGACGUCGCGACGAAGCACGCGUGGGACGACGCGGACGGCGGGCUCUGCUACUCCAUCGACCUCGACGGCGCGGUCUGCAACCACGACAAGAUCUUCUGGGUCCAGUGCGAGUCCAUCGGCACGGCGGCCAUGCUCGCCGAGGCCACGGGCGACGACGCCUACUGGGCCUACUACGACAAGCUCUGGGCCUACUCGUGGGACAAGUUCGUCGACCACGCGCACGGCUCCUGGCACCGCCGCAUGUCGCGCGACCACGUCAAGCACUUCCCGGAGAAGACGAAGCUGAGCCUCUGCGUCGACCCGGACUUCCAUAUUCUUGGCGCUUUUGCUGGCGCCAUCAUGGCCAUGGGGCCGUGA